CACGGGUUGACUACCUGUGGGGGGCUGCUAAACGAAUCUUGCAAUUCGCGGAGGGAAUUUCAACCGCGACGGAUCUGUACUAUCCUUGCGAAACCGCUGAAGACGAGAUUGUUCACACUGUUGUUCUCUAUGCCGUAGCUUUGCUGCUCUUUUCCUGUCGGCCACCACGCUUUUCCCAUCCCUUCUUACGGUGCCUUGCUUGCGUUUCCUGGGAGAGAGAGAUAUUCUUGGACUUCCAUUGACUGGUCGCCCAAAAUACAGUGUUUCUUUUUUUUUUCUUCUGCUCGAGAAGCGGUCGCACGAUGUUGUCGACUUCAUUCCUCGUGAUUUCGCUGGUGGCACUUCGCGUGCGCGCGCUCGAAGUAACGAGCGGAUCAUCAUGUGCAGAUAUCUGCGAGGGACCCGGCUUGACGUACUCUAGCGACCUGACAUGCAAAGAUGAGGACUACUCCAGCACGGCCAAGGGCGACACGAUGCACGACUGCCUGGUAUGCGAGAGCACGAGUACCGCCGACACAGGCGAUACCAGCACUCCUCAAAACAACGACAUAUAUUGGUUCCUAUUCAACAUGAAAUAUACGCUCCAGUACUGCUUGUUCCAGUCGAACGACAGCACGCCCAAUCUACCCCAAUGCGAAUCCGACUGUGCUGGGCUAUACCCUGUGCUCCAGAGCUCGUGGUUCUCCCCGACUGCCGCGCAGCAGUAUGAUUACUGCUCGAUCAAUAACACAGCCUUUUCACAACACGCAGAUCAAUGUGCUUCAUGUCUGCAGGCAGGGACUGGGUCCGUGGUAUUGGGCAACUUUCUCAGCGUAAUGAAAUCCGGGUGCGACAACCAGCCCAAUGCGACCAAAGGCGAGACCAUUCCCCUCCAGCGAGCCCUGUUCGACACGGCGACAGUCGCUUCUGGCACAGCCACGCAGACAACGACAACCUCGACAUCUGCAGCACAAACGACGUCCGACGGGUCCGCAGCGACCAUCAUCUCGUCAUCCCCAUCCGGCACAACCUCCUCCUCCGCAACUCCAUCUUCCACAACCGCCGCCGCGGGAGCAGCAGGAGCGCCAGAACCGACAAGCAGCUCCUCUGCACUCAGCGGUGGUGCUGCGGCCGGCAUUGGCGUCGGAUGCGGGUUAGCGGCCAUCGGCGCCGUUGGAGCCCUGGCAUGGUUCAUACUUCGGAGACGACGCAAUCGUCGAACCAUGGCAUCAGGGACCGACUUUGGCAACACCAAGGCCGCGUACGCAGCCCCUCCAUACCAGCAAAUGCCAUCUCCAAACUAUCCGUAUUCUCAGCAAGCACAGCCAGACUACACAUAUGCUCAACAGAUCGGUGGUUCCGAGGUGCACGAAAUCGACUCGAGCGAAACGAAAGCCGGCGCCACCAUCACGAAUGAGCUGGAUGGGCGCCCGAUGAGAUGAGCUCCAAAACGGCGUUAUGGUUAUCAAGUUGGUUGAGCUUACAUUUUCCUCAUUUGAUGCACUUCAAGCGUAAUGGUUUUCCGAUGUUGUACAGCAUAAGAGAUUUGGCAUGUAGAGAGCGGAUAGGUUUUGGAUUGUGCAUGGGGGAACGGAAAGGAUAGACGUCCAGAAAAAGUGUGCUGGUCAUUCCCAAUCGUAUUCCAUUCACAGCUUGAUA